AUGGUUGUGUUUGACGGCCACGAGUACCUUACCGAGGAGGAGAAGCGUCUCGGCCAGGACAGGAAGCGGGAGAAGUACUGGAAGAAAUGGGGUCCCUAUGUCGCGGAGCGCCAGUGGGCCACCGUGCGCGAGGAUUACAGCCCUGACGGCGAUGCUUGGAGUCGUACGUACCGCCGUGUUCACGUCACUUUUUUUUUUCUUUUGCUUCGGAGGUUGGCCCUGGACGCUGACCGCUCUGCAGACUUCAGCCACGAGCACUCGCGCUCCCGCGCCUACCGAUGGGGCGAGGACGGCAUCUCGGGUGUUUGUGAUACACAUGGCUUCCAGAACAUCGCAUUUGCGUUUUGGAACGAAGAGGAUGGUUUCCUCAAGGAGAGGCUGUUUGGUCUUUCAAACCCCCAGGGAAACCAUGGCGAGGGUGUCAAGGAGGCCCAUUUCCACGUCGACAACACGCCGACCCGCCGUAAAGCUCACACCUCACAGCACUCGUACAUGAAGUUCCUCUACAAAUACCCCCAGAAGAAGUUCCCCUACGAAGACCUUUUGGCUGAGAACGCCCGCCGCGGAAAGGCGGACAAUGAGUACCAGAUCAUCGACACGGGUGUCUUUGACGAAGACCGUUACUGGGAUAUUUUUAUUGAGACGGCCAAGGAAUCAGAUGACCCCGACGAACUCCUCUUCCGACCCGAGGACAAGAAGCCCUCUCUGGGCAUUCACGGCGAGAAUCAAGUCAAGUCCAAGCAUCACUCCCUCGGCGAGCGCUUUCUCUCCAUGUCGCCCUCUCCCGGUGUCGGCGCCAGUGGUGAGGAUGUUCUCCCGAAGAUGAUGUUCACCGAUAACGACACCAACUUUGAGACUCUGUACAAGCAAGAAAAUAAGACUCCCUACGUCAAGGACGCCUUCCACAAGUACAUCGUUGAUGGCGAGAAGAAGGCCAUCAACCCCGCUCAGACCGGUACCAAAGCCGCCGCUUGGUUCAACUUCAACGAGGACGGCGGUGUCAAUCCUGGCGAGUGCGCCGUGGUCCGUUUCCGAUUCUCCAAGAAGGACUUGCCCUACUUCGAUGAGGGUGAAUUCGACGAUAUUAUGGAUCAGCGUGUGGCCGAUGCCGACGACUUCUACUACAGAAUCAGCCCGCUGCCCAUGGCUGAUGAUUUGCGCAACAUCCAGCGCCAGGCCUUCUCCGGCAUGAUGUGGACCAAGCAGCACUAUCUGUUCAUCUGGGACCAGUGGGCAAACGGCGAUCCUACGCAGCCGCCUCCCCCGCCGGGCCGGAAAGCCGUCAGAAACUCCCAGUGGAAACACAUGCACUGCGAUGAUAUUCUCUCGAUGCCCGAUUCGUGGGAGUACCCGUUCUUCGCUGCUUGGGAUAGUGCCUUCCACUGUAUCCCGUUGGCUAUGAUCGAUCCCGACUUUGCGAAGAAGCAGCUCGAUCUCUUCACUCGCGAGUGGUACUGCCAUCCCAAUGGACAACUCCCUGCGUAUGAGUGGAACUUUGGUGAUGUGAACCCGCCUGUCCAUGCCUGGGCCACUUUCCGUACCUUCAAGAUUGAGCGUAAGCUGUACGGCCGUCAGGAUCUCGACUUCCUGGAGCGUGUCUUCCAGAAGCUGCUUCUGAACUUCACCUGGUGGGUGAACCGCAAGGAUUCCGAGGGCAAGAAUGUUUUUGAGGGAGGCUUCCUCGGCCUCGACAACAUCGGUCUGUUCAACAGGUCUGAGCCUCUGCCGACAGGCGGUUCCCUCGAGCAGGCGGACAGUACUGGCUGGAUGGCGUUCUACUGCCUGAGCAUGCUGAACAUUGCCCUUGAGCUGGCGAAGCACAGGCGGACAUAUGAGGACAUUGCGUCCAAGUUCUUCGAGCACUUCAUCUUCAUCAGUGAUGCCAUGACUUUCAGGACAGGCGACAAGGACGAGAAGUCGCUCUGGAACGAUGAGGAUGGUUUCUACUACGAUGCCAUCUCAUGGGGUGGUCCCUGGAUUCAGCAACUGCCGGUUCGCUCGCUCGUCGGUCUCAUCCCCCUUUACGCAACGAUGACGUUGGAGCCGGAGCUCAUUAACAAACUCCCAUCUUUCAAGAAGCGUGUCGAUUGGUUCAUCGAGAAUCGUCCCGACAUGGCGGAGCGGAACAUGGCCAGUUUGCAAAAGCGUGGCAAGGGCAACAGGAUCCUUCUGUCGAUUGUUAGCAAGGACAGGUUGGAGAAGAUUCUCCACCGCAUGCUUGAUGAGGACGAGUUUUUCAGCGAGCACGGCAUCCGCUCCCUGUCCAAAUACCACAAGGAGAACCCCUUCUCCAUGGACGUCAACGGACAGAAGUUCUCUGUCGGCUACGUCCCUGGCGACUCCGACAGUGGUCUCUUUGGUGGCAACAGUAACUGGAGAGGCCCUAUCUGGCUCUGCGUCAACUUCUUGCUUGUCGAGUCGCUGCAGCGUUUCUUCCUCUUCUAUGGCCACGAGUUCCAGGUUGAGUGUCCUACCGGUAGCGGUGACUUCAUGCACCUGGGUCACGUCUCUGAGGAGAUCCAACAUCGUCUGCAGCAUCUCAUGACCCGCAACGACGAUGGCCGCAGAAGCAUCAAUGACGGCAAUGACACGCUAGACUUUGAUCCCCACUGGAGGGACUACCUUUGGUUCUACGAGUUCUUUGAUGGUGACUCUGGCCGCGGCCUCGGAGCUACGCACCAGUGUGGCUGGACUGGACUGAUGGCGCGCAUGAUUCACGACACAGGAACCAACUGCCGUCUGCCACACACCCCACGCACCCCCUCUGUGGGCAUGGCGCACUACUUUGAUGAUGUUUUCACACGGAACACAGGCCGUCGCGGAUCUGUGCAUUCGAUUCGUGGUAUUCGCCGAUCCUCUACGGCACGAUCUAUUGACGCAAGGAGUGACUUUGACAACGAUAUCAAUGGCGACGACUCUCUCGGCAACUCGACUCAUGACCUCGAACGUGAGCGUGAAACGGCUGAGGCCGACCAGCACAUGCACCAGUACAUCAACAGCCAGCUGGAGCGGUUCCGUGACGACAAGGGAGGAGCCACCGACUCGCAGCAUGAUGAGUAUGAGGCAACUCCCUGA